AUGGCCGAUGCUGCGUAUAUCCAGAAAGAUACCAGAUGGCGGAACAAGCAGCGAACGCUUGUGUUCUGCAGCCGCGGAGUUACAGCAAGGUUUCGCCACUUGUGCGACGACCUUCGCAAGCUUUUACCCCACCACAAAUCCGAACCAAAGUUUGAGAAACGAUCAAACUUUAACGAGAUCAAUGAGAUCUGCGAGCUGAAGAAUUGCAACAAUGUCGUGUUCUUCGAAGCUCGGAAACGAGAAGACUUGUACCUUUGGGUCGGCCGAGUGCCCUCUGGCCCGACCAUGAAGUUUCAGGUGUUGAACAUCCAUACUACGCAGGAGGUCAGACUAGCUGGGAAUUGCCUGUUGGGCUCCCGGCCGAUAAUGUACUUUGACAAAAGCUUCAGUGAGGUGUCAUACCUGAAGCUUGUCAAAGGCUUGUUUACCCAGGUUUUUGGUACUCCGCGAAAUCAUCCCAAGAGCAAGCCCUUCCAUGAUCACAUCAUGUGCUUCUACUGGCUGGACAAGAAGAUCUGGUUCAGACACUACCAAAUCUCGCCGGAAACGCCGGAGGACAACAACAAGCCUGAGAAGCAGGUCCUCACUGAGAUUGGCCCUCGCUUCGUGCUGGACCCAAUCAGAAUCUUGGGUGGAAGCUUCAAUGGGCAAACCUUGUACCUGAACCCUCACUACAUGUCGCCCACGGCCUUGCGGGUUCAGGCAAGGAAGUUGCUCAAGAACCCCUACGUAAAGAAGCUCAACGACAAAGCCGAGAGAGAAGAGCGCAAGAAGGCGAACGAGCUUCCCGAAGAUCCUGUAGAGGAUGUCUUCGAGUGA